AUGGCAAAAUCUUCAUCAUUCUCCAUAACAUUUUUCAUCUCUAUAAUAUCCUUUGCCACUGCCACUAAAUACUAUCAAAGCCUGUCCCCAACAAUGUUAGGUUUUCAAGAGGAAAAAUUCACCCACCUUCACUUUUACUUUCACGACAUCGUCACCGGCCCAAAACCGAGCAUGGUAUUUGUAGCCGAACCUAAUGGCAAGGCAAAAAAUGCCUUGCCAUUCGGGACAGUUGUGGCGAUGGACGAUCCGUUAACAGCCGGACCCGAACGUGACUCAAAACUUGUAGGCAAGGCCCAAGGAAUUUACACUUCUAUAUCACAAGAAGAGAUGGGACUAAUGAUGGUGAUGACUAUGGCGUUUUCGAAUGGAGAAUUUAAUGGAAGCACACUUAGCAUAUUAGGGAGGAACAUGAUCAUGAGUGAGCCUGUUAGAGAAAUGGCCAUUGUUGGUGGGACUGGAGCUUUUCGUUUUGUUCGUGGAUAUGCUCAGGCUAAGUUUUUUUCUGUUGAUUUCACCACGGGAGAUGCUGUUGUGGAAUAUGACAUAUUUGUAUUCCAUUAUUAA